UCCAUAUAUCUUGAAUACGCAACAAACUUUCAAAGCAUGAUUGAGCAUUUGAGAUCAUCAUUAUAUAUAUACAAACAACAACAAUAAAUAUUGACCUACUGUAUCUUUGCUUCCGCAUUAAAAACAUAACUGAUUGAAGAUUUUUUUUUAGUAUUCUUAUAUUCUUAGCAUCAUUUGCAUUCACAAAUAGAAGUUAGAAAAAGGAACUAAUGAAAUAUGAUUAACAAAUGAGUGCGACUUUGCCUCCUUUCAAUGCCCAAUUUCUUGAAAUUCUGGCUGUUCUGCAUCCAAGUAUUAAACAAUCAAUUCUUUACAUAAAUUAAAAAGCAAAAGACAGCUACAUUUAUUAUGAGGAAAAAAGAAGAAGAAGCAAAUUGAUCAAAAACUCGUUUCACUUUUACCAAACCUGAAUAUAAUCUGUCCAUGUUUAUAGAUUCUUAUUGCUUUCACUUCCAACGAUAGAUUUUGCUUCUUUUUAUCCUCUGAUUUCUCGGACCUUCUCCUAUCAAAGCAAGGGGGGAAAAAUAUAUUCUAAUGGCAGCAGAGAAACCGAGCUCGAAGAGGCAAGCAUGGUGAAAAAGACAAAACACAUCCUUUCAUCAGUCAAAAAAGAUGUUCGUUCUGAAAACUCGUUAAUCUUAUUUUCUUAUGCAGGUUUUGUACCACAGGCUUACCCAGUGACAUCGAAAUCGAAGUCGAUGAUAUGACGUUUCAUCUUCAUAAGCUUCCACUGAUGUCCAAGAGCAGAAAACUUCAUCAGCUGAUAACAGAGCACAAGCAGAGACUAGAGGAGAGUGACAAAAAUCGGAAACGCCAUGAACAAGAAGAAGAUAAUAACGAUUAUCUUCACAUUUGGCUCCAGAAUUUCCCAGGAGGUUCGGAGACUUUCGAAAUGGUGGUAAAGGUAUGCUACGGCGUCAAAGUCGACCUCUCUGCUUCCACAGCUGUUUUACUCCGGUGCGCCGCCGAGGACCUGGAAAUGACAGAAGAGCACUCACCAGAUAACCUAAUCUCAAAGACGGAGAGGUUUCUCUCACACUCCGUCUUCAAUAGCAUACAAGAAUCCAUCAAGGCGUUGAAAGCUUGCGAAUCAGUCUCUCCUGUAGCCGAAUCGAUCGGUAUAACGAAACAGUGCAUAGAGUCAAUCAUCUCCGGAGCUUCAUCAGCCGAUCCUUCAUUGUUCGGUUGGCCGAUAAACAACGGAGGCUCGACGAAAUCGGCCGAUACAAAACGGAAGAAACAGAGCAAGGAUUCGAAAUUGGACCUGUGGUUGGAAGAUCUGACGGAAUUAAGCUUUCCGAUCUUCAGACGUCUGAUCGUAGCCAUGAAAUCAGGAGAUCUGAGUCCCGAUGUAGUAGAGAGCUCUCUGAUUCGUUACGCGAAGAAGCAUAUUCCCGGAAUCUCGUCGCGGUCAUCAUCUUCCUCAACGAUAGCCUCCGAGAACUAUCAAAGAGAAUUGUUGGAGACGAUAAUCUCAGAUCUUCCGUUAGAUCACGCCUCCACAGCCGCGACGACGAGAUCUCUCUUCGGAUUGUUACGAUCCGCCAUCAUCCUCAACGCCUCCGAGAGAUGCCGGACGUUGCUGGAGAGAAAAAUUGGAUCGAAGCUGGAGAAAGCCACGAUCGACGAUCUGCUCAUCCCAAGCUACUCGUAUCUCAACGAGACGUUAUACGAUAUUGAUCUGGUGGAGAGACUCUUAGGGCAUUUCCUCGAAAUCGCUGACGUAUCUUCAUCGCCGACGGUGGUUGGGAAACUCAUCGACGGAGUUCUGGGUGAAAUCGCGUCGGACGCUAAUCUCAAACCGGAAAAUUUCUACAAGUUAGCGGUUUCGCUUCCUGAUGAAGCAAGGCUAUACGAUGACGGACUCUACAGAGCCAUCGAUAUAUAUCUCAAGGCACAUCCAUGGAUGUUGGAAGCAGAGAAAGAGAAGAUAUGUAGCGUAAUGGACUAUCAAAAACUAACGCUUGAAGGUUGCACGCACGCCGCGCAAAACGAGCGUCUGCCGCUACGAGCCGUCGUGCAAGUCCUAUUCUUCGAACAAUUACAGCUCCGGCAAGCAAUCGCAGGGACGUUAGUUCUAACGUCAGUGACGGAGGAAGAAGGAAACGUGGAGUUUGGGGUAUGGGAGCAAACGGUGAUGGAGAAUCAGUUGCUUCGCUUGGAUAUGGAUACGAUGAGGACGCGUGUGUACCAUUUAGAGAGAGAAUGCUUGAGCUUGAAGAAAGUGAUCGCGAAGAUCGACAAGGUAAGUUCGUCGGAGGCUAACGAUCGGGCAAGAAAGUGGUCAUUCAGCAAGAAUUUCGGAUGCAAAUUCAAGGCACAGGUCUGUGAUUCGCAUGAGGCAACGAUGGUCGAUCGAAGAUGUCAACGGUAAUAUUUAUAGCAUAUACGUAUUCAGAACAUAUUGUGCUUUUUAAUUUGUAUUUGUGUGUAUCAUAGUAUAUUUUUACAGAAGAUUGAUAACUUUAGAAAGGGGGAAACGUAUACUUUUUUAUUCAACGUAAUUUAUGCUUUUUGUCAAUCAUUUUUUACAAUGAAUUGUAUUUUUUGUUUUUUUGUCAAUCAUUUGUUUUUAACGUUUUUCAAUCAUUUGUUUAUUUGUUUUCGGCUUAUCUCUAAAAUAAUUGAGGAUAUACCCAACGGAAUCGGUCAACCGGAAGGUAAUUCUGACACGUGGCGAUUUUACCUAUCUCCCUGGUAUAUUAUCCAAUCAAAAGAGGACACGUCAGUUUAACACAAUUGGUCAGCGGCGGUAAACUAGCGAACAAUUGAGGGAGAAAAGAACAAAAAGCUAAUUUGCAAAAGAGCAGCGAAGCGUGAGAAGACAAAUCCUACUGGAUAAUAGGCUGAACCCAGCUGGAGGAAUAAUUUUUCUUAUAAAAGAGAAAUAAAAAUAACCUCAAAAAUCAUUAAUUGUCUUUUUGAAACGAAUAUCGAUUAUCGUUUUUGAUUUCGGCUGAGGGAAAGAAGAAAAAAAGAAAGAGCAAUAAUAAUGGGGCGUGUGGAUUAUCUGGCGAUGAAGACCGACGUCGACACGGUUGCCCUCGUCAAUUCCGACGUGGAGGAGCUCAAGAUCGCCGCGAAGAAACUGGUCAGCGAUAUCUCGAAGCUCGGUGGAUUAGGCUUUGGUGUUUCCUUCGUCAAAUGGAUGGCUUCUUUCGCUGCCAUUUACUUGUUGAUAUUGGAUCGUACCAAUUGGAGAACCAAGAUGCUUACAUCGCUCCUUAUACCAUACAUCUUCCUUACCCUUCCUGGUGUGAUUUUUAACUUUCUCAGUGGAGACGUUGGGAAAUGGAUCGCUUUCGUCGCAGUUGUACUCAGACUUUUCUUCCCAAAGCAUUUCCCAGAUUGGCUUGAGCUGCCUGGUUCUCUGAUCCUCCUGCUCGUAGUGUCUCCGCACUUUCUUGUUCACCACAUACGCGGGACGUGGAUCGGAUCUGUCAUAAGCCUUUUCAUUGGAUGUUACCUUCUUCAAGAACAUAUCAGAGUAUCGGGUGGGUUCAGGAACUCGUUCACGCAGCCACGUGGAGUAUCAAACACUGUUGGGAUCAUCCUUCUUUUGGUCUACCCUGUUUGGGCUCUUAUCAUUCGUGUCGCGUAAAAAUCCACACAUCGAUCCUUUCUUCCAUCACCAAGUUGUGUUCUUCUUGCUCAAAUAAAAACUUCGUGCCAAGAAAAAAUCGGAAAAUCUUUGGUGUUUGUGUCUUCUGGUUCUGUUACAUACUACCCAUAUACUACUACUACUGCGUCAAGCUCAAUCAAUGUUCCAUAUGUAAGAAAAGAAUCUCAUUUUUUUUAUUUACAACUAUUUGUUUGUUCUGAAAAUUUGUUUCCGAGUAAAUUGAUUUAUGGAUGCCGUUUCGUAUAUUCAGCCGUGGAAUGUAUGUCGUUUUGGUAUAGAUAGAGAAGAAUGAACUACACGCUGUUUCAGACUUAAAAACUAGUCUUCGUGUCGUUUGUAAUACUGUAAGGAAAUCAAUAAUUAUGAAUUUGCACGUGCGGAA